UUGCAGCCCUGUUUGAACGCAUAGUUACGCUUAACUCCGUAUUCAUGAUGUAUGAUACUCAGUGAGUCAACUCACAUCCAGCUAGCUGCAUAAAAAUAACCUCCCUCUCCUACACCAGUGAAUCAACGAGGAUGAACAAGCAGCACUUCAGGUAGUUUGUCUUUGUAUUGCCUAACCUUAUGAUAGUAGAUUCUAUGACUAUGAAACUCCAGCCAAUGCAAAGCGUCGGCUGGAGUUGUGUAAAGCUCGCUGCCAUUGGACUCGGGAGCAGUGGAAAUGCGAUGUGUGAUGUAUGCCUUUUGUUUUGAUGACACAACAAAGUAGCGCGCGCACACACCUGUGGAAGUUUGUUGCUUUCAGGGUCCAACUCCAGCUCCAACUGACAAGUUGAAUACCAUGUGUCUUUGUUUUUUGUUUUUUGAAGGGGUAAGGGGGUGGUCUCUAGAUGAUUAUAUCAGCCAAUCAGGGCUGUAUAUGCAAACGUAUUAACAUUUGUAUCCCCAUGCCCACACAGUUGUACUGAGCAUUUCAGUGGCCCAAGGAGGCUCAAGGAAAUAAGUUAUGAAAAAUAUAUUUUGUAGUUAUAUAUAUAUUUAAAUAACACACACAGUGAUUUACAUGGGGGCUUUAAUUAUUAUGCAUUCAUUUCAAAGCAUUGUCAUUGAACUAGCUAUAUCAUUAUUUUAUUUCCCCUGACAUUAACCACAAUCAAUUGAAAUAAUAACUAUAUUUGAAAACAAUACUUGCACAAAAAUCAACACGAUAAUAAUUUCCCCUACAUGUAUACAAAUACUGUAUACUAUGAACUAUGUUUGAAAGUACAGUAUUCUUGGUAUUUAUUUUUGAGUGGACAUAGCUACCUACGUCAGAUCCUGUCACAAGGUAAACAUAGAUGCUUCAGACAACUCUGGCUGCUUCCUCUCUCGGCUGUCGUUACUUCUAGUUAGUAAAAUUAACUAAACUCUCAUCAUUACCGGACAACUUAAAAUGGGUAGUUAAUACGAUGAUUAGAUGAAUACUAAAUGUAUCAAUUUGUGAAGAAUUGGGAAUGGAUCAUCUGUAUAAACUGUCAACGUUUCCUUCUGGUCGUAGGUUUGCUAGCUAACGCCGUUAGCUGCUAGUUAUCCUUGUAGCCAGAGCCUUCUCUUCUUGUAGCUAGCUAGAUCAGCAGGCUAACUCUGCUCUACCAGCCAGUACGGGAGAAUAACAACUAGCUAAUCCAGCCACUUGUUAGCACAGUUCAUUGUAGCUAACUACAUAAGUUUGACAGUUAACGUUAGCUAAAGAGAAUGGCGUCGUCAUUUGUGAUUGGAAACACAUUUCGAGAGAGGGUAAGAGACUUGUUGGAGAAGGAUGAGGCUUCAGUUCCAACAGAACUACAGAAAGAAUUGGAGGAUAUUCUUCAACAGGAACAACCAUCAACUCUGUCCUUCAGAACUGCAAGAAAACUUCAUAAAUGUCUGCAAGACAAUGGUCAACCCUUCUACCUUAAUGAGUUGUUGGAGGACAGCUCAUUGCACCUGCCUAAGGUUGAAACACCCCCCAGAAACCCUGUGCUUGUGGCUCGUCUGGAACGAAUCAAAGCCAAGUUGGCCAAUGAAGAAUACAACAGGAUCACACGGAAUGUAAACACUCAGCAAAUUAAUCGUCGUGAAACACUGGCAGACUUUGGGAGAGAAGUGCGCUCAGCCAAAGCUGCUGUUGUGACAGUCUUAAACUUCCUAGUGACAGUGGUGGCGACGUUCGCUUGCUCCUAUCUCGGCAGCCAAUACCUCUUCACAGAGACAACGUCGAGGGUGAUAUCUGCAGUGAUUGCUGCGUCCGUAGUCGGCCUGGCAGAGCUGUAUGUUCUAGUAAGGACCAUGGAGGGAGAGCUAGGAGAACCAUAGCACCGGUCUGUGUUCUUAUCAACAAAACACAUUCCUGGAGAACUAUGCCCUUACCUGACCCACCAGUGGACUUAAAAAAGGAAAUCAAAGGGGUUACAUUUACAUUACAUUUGAGUCAUUUAGCUUUUUUGAGUCUUAUCCAGAGCGACUUACAUGAGCAAUUAGGGUUAAGGGCACAUCAACAGAUUUUUCACCUGGUCAGUUUGGGGAUUCGAACGAGCAACCUUUCGGAUACUGGCCCAACCUCUUAACCGCUAGGCUACCUGAGUGGAAGUUAAUGUACUGCUUUGACAUAACCACAAAACUAGUGAUAGGAAUUGUCCCACGUUGUUCAUAAAUUGAAAACAGAUUAGUGUGAAGAUUUGAAUGUGACCCAGAUGUAAAACUUGUUUGUGCUUUACCAUCGCUUCUCUAUUAUGAGGAUGUUGACUCCAUGUUUCCCAACUCAUUUAUUUACUGAUGUGCACUAAACAAGUUGGGAUAUUUAGCUAUUUAUUUACAUCCAUUUUGCUUUUAUAGGGCCUGUCUGUGUAGUCAGUAUUGUUUGUCUAUUCAAUAAAAUUUGCGCCCAUGUAAUUACA